AUGCAUCAAAGAGACCUAUCCGAUUUUGAGCGAGGAAUGAUAGUAGGACUUCACUUGGCAGGAAAAAGCGGAAGAGACAUAGAAAAGAUAUUAAAGAUAGGUAAAAGUACUGCAAAUAGGGUUAUAUCAGCUUAUCAUGAAAGUGAAAAGACGACAACAGCGCCCAGGACUGGUAGACCACCCAUUCUAGACGAGCGAAGUACUAGGCAAUUAGUAAGGACGGUGAAGAAAAAUCGAAAAGCAGCAGUUGAAGAGAUAACGCAUGAAUUUGCCUCUGGACUAAAUAUUUCGAAACCAGCACGGCAAAUGGUGCCUUCGUCCCUUCCACCAAUUAUACAAGAAAAAUGCAAUCAAUUCGUAGAAAGCUUUAUUGCGAGAGAUACAGACAGUUUACCACGAAAACUUACGCAUAAUGGAGCGUGGAAGGAAUCGAACGAGGAGCUUGCAGAGGUUGCGUCGAGAAUUUUGGGCACUCUGAACGAUGCAUGGAAUAAUCCAGCAUUUGAUCCUGAGUUCGCAGAAUUGCAAAGUGAAGGCACUUAUGUAAAUAAUGUAAUAUUACCCGCUAUACGAGCUACAUUAAAAUGUCUUCCUCUAGGAAAAUCCACCUUUGUCAGCAGUUCCGAACGUCAAAGCAGUGCUAGUGCGGACAGAAAGGGUAGUGGGCGGUUGGGGAGACGGCCGGAUAUUAUGUUCGUAAUGAAACAUGGUGAAAAAAAUUACGAACUUUUAUAUACCGAAUGUUCACGUUUGACUUGUACAGCACAAAAGGAAAAAAAUGACGAGGUGAAGUUGUGGCGAGAGGCUAAUGAUGGUAUGUAUUGGACUCGUAAGAGUUGUAAGCCCGAUAAGGAUGAAUUUGGUAUUAUUGGAGUACAAGUAGCGGGAAAGAAAUUACGUCUAAGUGUUCUUAUUAGGGAUAUGAGUGAG